AUGGUUAAGGAACUGCCGCCGAAUAAACACAAGGAGACCGAGACACGGGCCAAUUUGAUUGACGAGACCGUGUUGUUCGUGAAGGAACCGUCAGAUGAAGGCAUACACGAGGAGAACAAGUAUUGUGCGUCACUUGGCAAUGGUAAGAAAUGUAAGCCAGGUGACGUGUCAGCAAAUGAAGAGAUGAAUCAGGGUUCAAUGAUAGCCCAGAUUACUAAGGAAAUUACUCAAGAAGAACAGCAGAAGGAACCAGAGCUAACUGAGAUCGUAGAUCAAACUGCUCGGGUAAAACAGGUUAAGAAUAUUGAUCAGAUUACGAAGACUAAGCCUAAGCUUCAGGCAGCAAAGCACGUCUUUAAUGAAAGCAAUGGUGCACUCUACGAUGAGCUCAUGGAGAGCAGAGUACAGAUUGAGAGCACCAAACAAGACCUUGAAGAAGCUAAAAACAAUCUCAGAACGUUACUUGUUGCAUUGAAAAAGCUAAAAGUUGAAGUUAAUGAAAAGAAUGAGUUACUGAAGAAGUGUACUGCAGAAUCAGAGAGAAACAAAUUGAAGUACGUGAAAGCACAUGAAACGAUAUCUGAACUUACGAAAUACAUUCAGGUGAGAGACCUGGGCAAAGUCGAUGACAAGGUGAAUCCCGAUAUGUCAAAUGAGCCAGUGACUCUUUCUAAGAAAGGUAUGUCAGAAAGAACAAGAAAGAAGAUCAGAUAUUACAUCACAAAGGCGAUUAAGAAAUGUGGUACGAAACCAGUCCGUGUUACCAUUCAUAGGCGAAAUAAGGCGUCUUGUGUGCUGGUGUUGACACGAAAUGGAGAAAACAAGAUACAAAACCAGAUAAUGUAA